AUUGAAAAUAAAAGCCAAGAAAAGAGAGUUCCCACAAUUUAUCUGUGAGGUUUUGGCACAACAGCAACAACAACAACAACAACAAUUCCUACCAGAUUACAUGCUGUCCGUCCACGAUACAGCGUCCUCGCAGAAAGGAAACGUAGGUGUAGAUGACAAAGACCAGCCACACCGCGCCCCCAUUCUGCGGUUGUGGCUGGGCAUGUGUGCCUUGAUUUGCUCUCCCCGGCUCGGUGCGGUGGACGAGAUCGGGUUGGCUCCUCGUAGUCAGAUUACACUUGGGGCCCCAGGGGGGUGACCACGUAAGUACUUGGCAGGCGGGCCCUACAUGUUAGGCUCCCUCUUGGCGGGCUGGCCCUACAUGUCAGGCUCCCCCUGCCCCCCCACCCGCCUGCAAUCAUAGAAAUGCGGGUGCCUAUCAUGGCCACAGAGGGAGCCAAGGGUCGCUACGAUGGAUGCAUCGACCCCUGCAAGAAAGAUGUUUGGUCUUCCCGCAGCCAAAAGCGACAGAUAAGGAAGGCAAGGGAAGGCUGUGUCGAAACGAACGGCGAAGCGAAAGUCCCUGGCUGCUGCACCUAGACUUAUUUAUCUCGUCAGGGCAGCGCGCUGUUGCCCACUUGCAGUUUCUCUCCACAUUUCGGCUUCCUCCCUCCCUUAUCUUAUCUAUAAUUAUGUCCGCUAACUUAAGCUGCUUGAACGACCAGGAGUUCGGGCCAGUGGUGCAGGGAUGUCGGUCAGAUUUUGACUUCACCCAGUUCUUUGAGAGGACGAUAAUCUGGAGCCUGCCUUCGGCCAUCUUCAUCUUGGUCGCAUCACUCCGGCUCCUCAACGUCUUGAAAAAACCACGCAUUGUCUCCGGGGUUUCCUUUCAAAUCACCAAAGCUACGGUGAUAGCUAUCUUUGUCGCCCUCCAACUUGCUCUUAUAGUAGCAUCUACCCGCUCAGCUCAGAGCCCUGUUCGAACAUGGACAAUCGCCGGCUCGCUCCUGGCCUUUGCCGCCGGUGCCUUCAUGCUGGUCAUAUCAUUUCUUGACCAUGCACGAUCUGCUCGUUCCUCCGCCCUCUUGAGCGGGUACCUGCUUUUGACCCUCCUCUUCGAUGCUGCGCAGACAAGGACGCUAUGGAACACCAAAGCAUACCCGCUGCUGACGCCUAUCUUUACUGCUUCGCUGGCCGUGAAAGUAGUCAUCUUCGUCCUGGAACUACUGAGCAAGUCGCGAUGGAUCGAUCAGCAUACCCAAACUCUCCUCGGGCCCGAGGCGAUGAGCAACAUCUUCAACCUGGCGUCCUAUUACUGGCUGAGGCGCCUCUUGUGGACUGGCUUCCACAAGAUCCUCGCUCUGGCCGAUCUGUAUCCGCUCAUCGACGACGUGUCUGCCGAGAGAGCGUCGCAAAGGCUACAGAGAGCCAUCAGCUCUCGCACGGGGGGGUUGAAAGGCAAUGCACUCUUGCUGUCCCUCUUCAAGGCUUUUCCGACAGAGUUCUUACUUCCCAUAAUACCACGCGCUGCCAAGGUUGGACUGCGCUAUGCACAGUCCUUCCUAAUGCAAUCUCUUCUACGCUACCUCUCUGACGAAGAUGCUGCGAAAACUCCCAACCCGGGCUACGGCCUUAUUGGAGCCACGGCGCUGGUCUACGGCAGCUUGGCUGCAGCUUUUGCUUACAGAUCCUACUUCGUGACCCGCUUGUUGUCGAUGACUCGCGCCGGCCUUUGCGCCAUUCUAUAUUCAAAGGUAACCGAGAUGGGACCUUCUACCAACGCCGAAGCGGCGUCCUUGACACUCAUGAGUACCGAUGUGGCCAAUGUGCAGGGUGGACUCCGGCAAAUCCAUGAACUGUGGGGGAACACAGCCGAGGUCGCCAUUGGUUGUUGGCUCCUGUACAGAAGUAUUGGGGCUGCAUUCGUAGCACCCCUCGUGGUCGUAUUGGUUUGCCUCUUUCCCUUAGCCUUGGUCCUCGUGUUGCUGGGUAAGCGCCAAGAUCAAUGGAUGAGCAAGGUUCAGUCAAGGGUUGGGAAAACUUCCAAUAUUCUAUCAAGCAUGAGAGGGUUCAAAAUGCUUGGGGUGGCCGAGCACGUCGGAAACCUUUUGCAUAACUCUCGAUCCGAUGAGGUUCACGCCGGAAACAGAUUUCGCGUCUUUCAACUCCUCACGUUUAUCAUAGCCCAGACGCCUUUGGCGGUGGCUGCCCCGAUAACAUUCGCCUUUACGAACAGUGACCUCGACACCACGGAAUUGUUUGGUGCGCUUUCAUAUAUCAUACUGCUUGCGAGUCCCUUGGACACCCUUAUUCAAAGUCUCCCCGACGUUGUUACGGGAAUGGUGAGUUUGCGACGCAUCCAAGCUUUCUUGAACAACAGCUCCGAGAGGUCUAUACCACAUUCACCAUGUGCGACACCUACAGCUACCGCUACCACCACCGAGGCAGAAGAGACCCCUGGCUCGAUCUCGUUACCGGAAUUCAAGCCUUCCAAGCGCUUUUCUGAAUCCAUCUUCACAGUCCGAAACGGUACCUUUGGAUGGGAUAAAGAGCCGGUCCUGAAAAACAUCUCUUUGUCUAUCAGCACGAGUAGUCUGACCAUCAUUGCGGGCCCAGUCGCUUCAGGUAAAUCUACUCUUUGCAGUGCCAUGCUCAGUGAAGUCCCUUUUAGCAGCGGAAGUGUUGAGUCUGCCCUUAUCGACAUCCCCGUUGGUUAUUGUGCAUCAACACCCUUUCUGUGGAACGGAACGAUCCGCGAGAAUAUCAUCGGCUUUUCAAACUUCGACGCGGACAAGUACAAUGCGGUACUUCACGCAACCAUGCUUAAUGCUGAUAUCUCAUCCCUGGCGCAGGGCUCGGAUACAAAGGUGGGCAACAACGGCACAUCCAUCAGCGGGGGUCAGAGGCAGCGAGUUUCACUGGCUAGGGCCCUUUACUCGGGUGCUGAUGCUUUUAUCUUUGAUGACGUUUUGAGUGGCUUGGACUCAAAGACCGAAAAUCAAGUGUUCGAACGAGUCAUGGGCCGUAAUGGUUUUAUUCGUCGGAGCAACGCUACGGCUGUAUUUUGCACGCACGCUAUUCGUUACCUACCGGAAGCCGACCAUGUUGUCAUCUUGGAUGGGACGGGAGGUAUUGCGAAGCAAGGCCCACCCGAGACGCUCGACCUUGAACAACGGACCUGGCAUACCACUGCUAGCCAUGAGGAUCCCGAGUCUUCUGACGAACCUGCUGCUGACCAGAAUAAAACACCAAGCGUCUUAGUAGCACGGCCAAACGAUCCUUUUGACUCCAGUAGGCAAAUGGGAGAUACGAGAGUCUACGGCCAUUACAUACGAAAUGCCGGUCGCUCCAUGUUCGGUCUUUUGUUAGCAGUCGCCGCACUAGCUGGAUUUGCUACUAAUUUCUCGACUGUGUGGUUGAAUUUCUGGUCGGCAGAUACGUAUUCACUUCCGCGGUCGAUCUACUCGGGCCUCUACGGUGGUAUCAGUGCGUUUGAGCUGGUUGCCACUGGGUGUGCUGGUGCUGUGCUCUUGCUGGUUGCUGUUCCGCGUAUAGGUAAACGUUUUCACGCCAGCGCAGUGAACACGGUCAUGUCGGCUCCACUCGACCUCUUUACCCACACAGAGACAGGCACAAUUACGAACCUGUUCUCGCAGGAUAUGUCUUUGAUCGAUAUGGAUUUGCCACUUAGUAUGAUCAACUUUCUGGUGCUAAUGAUGACCUUGAUCGGAAACCUGGCGGUUGUGGCUAUACCGUCCCCGUAUCUGGCCAUUUCCUACCCCUUUUUGUUCGGCGCGCUUUGGGCUCUGCAACUUGGAUACCUGCGAACGUCCCGUCAGCUUCGUCUGCUAGACCUGGAGGCUAAAUCUCCUUUAUACAACCAGUUUCUCGAGACUGCCCAAGGCAUUACCACGAUCCGGUCACUUCGUUGGGUAGACAGAUCCGUGGAAAAGAACAAUGACCUUCUCAACGAGUCACAGCGGCCGGCGUAUCUUCUCUCCAUGUCUCAGAACUUCUUGACUACUAUGCUCAACAUUAUUAUUGCUGUUUUGGCGACAGUUCUUACCGUUCUUGCCACACAACUACGGACCAACACUGGCUUCACCGCUGUCAGUUUCAUUACUCUACUUAACUUGAGUUCGAUGAUUGCGACUAUGAUGCAAGACUACACGGAACUGGAGAUCUCGCUAGGCGCUGUGAAUCGUCUAGUGACGUUUAGCCAAAAUAAUCCAUCGGAAUCGAAUGUUCAUACAGAUCUAAUGCCGGGCAAGGACUGGCCAGCUCGUGGUGAGAUUCGUAUCGAAAAUAUCUCCGCUGCAUACAAAUCACCGACUACUCCAGCUAUAUCCGACAGUAGUAGUGAUACUAAAAGCCAGCUUGCCCUACAAAGCAUCUCCCUCUAUAUCAAACCUGGAGAACAUGUAGCGAUCUGUGGACGAACGGGCAGCGGUAAAUCAUCGUUUCUCCUGAUAUUACUCAGACUGCUUGAUCCGACCACUAACACAAACAACUCGAUUCAAAUUGAUAACAUAUCCAUCAACCGAGUGAACCGAGAUCUAUUACGACAACGUCUGAUUACGAUCCCCCAAGACCCUAGUUUCUUGCCGGCGGGACACACAAUCAGAGAAAACGUCGACUUAUUCAACGAGGCAACGGAAGAGGAGUGCACUGAGGUGCUUGAACAAGUAAAUCUCUCCAAAUUGCUCAAGGACGGGAUCAAUGCGGAGUUCUCCCCCGAAACACUGAGCCACGGCCAUCAGCAGCUCUUUAGUUUCGCCCGCGCUGUCCUGCGCAAAAAGGUCAGAGCCAGGUCCGAGAACGUGUCUGGCGGCAUAUUAAUCAUGGACGAGCCUAACUCCAAGGUCGAUCUAGACACCGAUGCUGCCAUGCAGGACAUCGUCAGGACGAAUUUUGGCAACUAUACUAUACUGGUCAUCUCGCAUCGCUUGGAAACGGUAAUGAAUCUUUGUGAUAGAGUUGUGGUAUUAAGUGAAGGCAAAUUAGUGGAGCAAGGAAGUCCUGAGAAGCUGAAAGCAAUAAAGGGAAGCUGGUUUGGUAACUUGCUGGAAGAAACCAAGUAAACCAUUUUCUCUUUUUUGUUCCUUUUUCUUUUUUAAUUAAAAAAAAAGAGAAAGAGAACAAGAACCAGAAGAAGUCAAAUGUUAAAGAUAGAUCAAUAUAAUGGCCUGCUCGUCAUUACAAG